AUGGCGGUUUAUUCUCUUCCGAAGACCUUCGCUUCAGGCGAGAAACUGGACCCAAUUAUCGAGCGAUAUAAAGCGUUUCGCUUGUUGUCUUUGAAGCAGUCCCCCGAGUCAUUUGGCUCAUCCUAUGCGCGGGAGAUCGCUUUCCCCGACGAGACCUGGAUCAAGCGAGUAUGUGGCCCGCUCUCGACCAACAUAGUUGCUGUUGCCGGACCCCCAGAGAGCGAAGGGAACAAAGACCAGGAAAGAGACUCGCUCCUCAAAGAAGAAUGGCUUGCUUGCCUCACCCUUCAAGGUCCCUUCGACAAGGAGGCUGCGGUCACAAUGUUCAAAAGCCACAUGUGGAUAGAAUCGCCUUCGAUAAUAAUGGAUGACGAAAUUGAGUUUUAUUUCGGCCUGUAUGGAAUGUAUGUGGCUCCGGCUGCUAGAGGCGCAGGGCUGGGAGUGAGUCUAGUUGAAUAUGCCAAGGAAAAAGCGUUAGAGAUGGUUGGUGGGAAAAAGACGAGGGUCGUGCUGGUGGUUGAUUUUGACAACAUUGGGGCUCGACGGACGUACGAAAAGGCACAGUUUGUUCUGAACCAUGACUACUGGUUUGAUGAUACACGGUGCGGAAGGUCAGAAAGAACACAGUCAGCGGUCUUGAGGGUGGAUAUCGGAGGUACUGACAACCUGAGAAAGGACACGACCUCAUGA